AUGCCCAUGGGGGCCAGCAACCUACACUAUGGCUGCCAAGGGGGUCAUUGGAACAUUAUAAUGUGGGCCAAGCGCAACGGUUGCCCCUCGCGUUCUUCGUCCAUGUGCACUUCUGCUGCUUCGGGUGGCCAUUUGGAAUUGUUGAAAUUUAUCCGAUCCAAAAGAUAUCAAUGGGAUAUCAUAACUUGUGCAUCUGCAGCAAGACAUGGGCAUUUGGAAGUAUUGAUCUGGGCCAGAGAGAAUGGAUGCCCAUGGAAUGCAUCAACAUGCUCUUUGGCUGCCAAAGGGGGGCAUCUAGAAAUUAUCAAGUGGGCUCGAGAAAAUGGAUGUGGAUGGAACACAAUGACAUGUUUUCAUGCUGCAGAGUGUGGACAUUUGGAAAUUCUCAAGUGGGCAAGAGAAAAUGGUUGCCCAUGGGAUGAAAAAAUAUGCUCCAUUGCUGCAAAAUAUGGGCAUCUGAGAGUUUUGAAAUGGGCCCAUGCAAAUGGAUGCCCAUGGGAUGCAGAAACAUGCACUGAGGCUGCCAGUGAAGGAAAUCUAGAAAUGCUCAAGUGGCUCCAUGCCAGUGGCUGUCCUUGGGAUGCACAGACGUGCCGUAGGGCACAGGAAGAAGGCCAUGUGGUAGUCUUUCAGUGGGCCCUUGCCAAUGGGUGCGAAACAGAUACACACUGA